AUGAAUGAGGAUUUCGAUUUAUACGAGGGUCUGGACGACAUAAGUCGUGCGGUGGAGGAUGAGGGGAAUGAGAUAGAAACCGACUCAUCUGACGAUGGAAUCACCUUCCUAGUAAACGACACUCCUGAAACAUCAGAACACUCUGAAAAUAAGAGUGCUUUUGGGAAUUAUGUAGAGAUAAGCUCGCAUAUGAGCGCUAAGCCGCCAAAGUAUGCGGAGAACCCAAACAUUAAUUCUUAUUUACUCUUAUGCAACUUAGAUUGGUAUGUUACCCAAUCGCAAAUUUACCAAACAGCGACAACUUUGGGUCAAAUUUCCUAUUUAUAUCUAUUUGAACAUCCCGUAUCAGGCAAAUUUUUAGGUCUUGCCCUCAUUCAAUAUUCCUCAGCAGCUGCGGCAAAGAUAGCACUUGAUAGUCUGCCACAAUUGUUUAAUAAUCGCAUAAAGGUACAUGAAUUGGAUGAUGAAGUCUACAGUAGAUUAGCUAAUAUAACUGAUCUGCAUAUUAAUGGACGGGUACCUGGAUUUUUAUUAGAAAAAAUGUGUAAUAUCGCAAAUGUUCCCUUGCCAACCAAAUCAAACGAAAUUAGUAAUUCUGAUGCUGAAUUUGAAAGGGUACAACAACAGUUAAUUGAUGCGGGAGAUUUCAAAUCCGCCAUGGGCAUAUUUCCCUGGUUUCAAUUUGAUAUAUUCAAACUUUUGCGACCACUAGUCGCUAGUUAUAAGACAAUGCCCAAACGCAAUGAUUAUAUAAAACUCACUUGCACAGCGUCUGCCAAAUUGGGCGUCAAAAGGUUGAAUAUAAGACCAUCAAAAUCGCCAGUAGUAAAUAGGUCAAUGUCUCCUAGGAGAAGAUCGGCUCCCAUAGAUAGACCAGAGUCGUUAGUGGAACCCAUUGAACUUGAACGGAAGUCCAUAGUCCAUUCCAGCAGGUACAGGGACUCACAUCGAGAUUCUGCCUAUAGAGAAAAUGAUAGCUAUUGGGAUAGUGAUGAUCAUAGGGGUAGAAGCAGGGUUAGGGAUAACAACAUAGAAUCAAGAUAUAGAUCCCGCCGCAGCAGGUCCAGAAGUAGGAGUAGGCAUAGGAGAAGUCGGGAAAAGAGAGAUAGAAGUGGAAGCGGCAGCAGAUACAAGAGAAGGUCAAGAAGUAGAGAUAGGGAUAGUCGUCGGAGGCAUCGUAAGGAGCGGCAACCCUCCCCUAUCAGGAGAAUUAUCAUUGAACGAAAGUAG